AUGGCCCUUAUCAGCACUUGCGAACAGCACCAGGCAGCUACUUCCCUCGCCAAGAAAGUGCUUGUCCUCAUCAAGUCUGGAAAAGUUUUCAGUGGUGAUUUUUCUAGCAGCGGAACGAAAGGCCCCGACGGUGUGGAUCCCAAAGACACUCACACCUGGUCUAUGAACCACUUUGCGAACAUGCUAGAAUCAAAAACUUGUCCCUUGUCAAGAAAAUCGCACGAUGUGUUGACGGCCAAGGUUCUCAUCCCCUUUCGAGGGCGCGAUGAGGAGAGAGCUCUCUGCGCAUGGUUAUCUUCAGAGGGCAAUCUGAAACAGUUGCAGGGCAUUUGCGAUACCAUGCUUUCCCUGCCCCCGCUCACAUUGAAGUCAUUACACUCGGCCAUCCGGUCUCAAAUGAAAUGA